UACCAAUGCUGAGACCAAACCUACGCCCUUGGGAGAUACUAUACCAUAUUAUCUGGGAGAAAAUCUGAAGUGCAGUUUCCAGGAGGUUCACUCACAGUCGCAAUAUAAAAUUAUUCCACACGAGGGCGCUCUUAACCAAUGAGAAACUCCACUAUGAUAUGUGUAAAGCGAGAAAAUUACCGUGAGAAUUUCAUUGACAAUAACUGCUCUGGAUUAGAGAAAACAAAUUGGCCAAACUGGAUUCAUGUGUAUGGUUUAAGGGAAAUCAGUAUAAUGAGGCUGAUUCAUUUACGAAGAUGUUGCAACCAUAUGUCUAUGAAAAAAAAAUAUUUACAUUAUAUCAGCUGUGAUUUGAACCACGUCGCCUUUUAAAAAAAAAUGUUCAGCCAAAAUAGAAGUGUGUCCAUGUGUAACUCAGAUAAUGACUACCAGUUGAGGGAAAGAUACUUUGUUACAAUUUCUGCGAGUCAAUCUGUAAACUGAAGAAGACGUCAUUUCCGGGUGUCAGUAUGCGUCGCUCUGCAGCGGCUAGCGAUGGGACCAGUUAAGAUGUAAGCAGAGAGGCGGACAUUUUUAUCUAACAUUAACGAUAACUACCACCUAAAUACACAAUCUACAAGGUUUCAUAUACAAUAACCCACGUUUCUCGUGAACGAGGGUCCGGUAGCGAUACCCUGGCAAACGGAAUCGCCGCCACCGAAGGACCAGCAGCCAUUUUCGCGAAUAUGGCUGGGGAGGUUUGGGAGGCCUGCUGGGGCCGUCGCCUGGAGCGAGCUCAGCCCAGGGGCUGUUUAUCACUGUCGCGGACGCUCCUCUCUUUCGCCGCCCUAGCAGUCCUGGUGCAACUGCCGACUCUCGCCGAAGCAAAAGAAUGCGAAAAGCCCUGCAUGAAUGGAAAGUGCAACGCCGCCACUGGUAACUGCCUUUGCGACCCGGGCUGGGUUGGGGACCAAUGCCAACACUGCGGCGGCCGCUUCAGGUUGUCCGGACCCUCUGGCUUUCUCUCAGAUGGACCAGGAAACUACAAAUACAAGACCAAAUGCACCUGGCUCAUAGAGGGACAGCCGAAUAGUAUACUGCGGUUGCGGUUCAACCACUUUGCCACGGAGUGCAGCUGGGACCACCUGUAUGUUUAUGACGGAGACUCCAUCUAUUCCCCACUGCUGGCUGCCUUCAGUGGCUUGAUCGUCCCCGAGCGCUACAGUAAUGAAACGGUCCCUGAAGUGGUCGCAGAGUCCGGAUUCGCCCUCCUCCACUUUUUCAGUGAUGCAGCGUACAACCUGACAGGCUUCAACAUCUCAUACAGGAUAAACACGUGUCCCAAUAACUGCUCCGACCAGGGCGUGUGUCAGGACAGGGCAGGCCAGGGCGGGGGUGUGGUGUGUGACUGUGACGCGGGCUGGAGGGGCGAUGCGUGUGAUAUCCCAUAUUGCCCAGCUGGCUGCGGGCACCCUCACAGGGGGUACUGUCGCAACGGGACCUGUGUCUGCAAACCCAACUGGCAAGGGACAGACUGUUCCAUUCCCGUCCCGGGCAACGUCUCCUAUUGGACCAGAGAGGACUUCAGAGUGCAGGGCCUAGCCAGGGCUUCCCACAAGGCCGUGGUGCACCAGGGCGUCAUGUGGGUGGUGGGGGGUCAUGUGUUCAACUACACAAACUACGAGAUGGUCAAGGCGUUUAAUCUCUCAUCUGAGAGCUGGAUGAGCCUGAGUCCGUCUGUGAACUCGGUGAACCCUCGCUACGGCCAUUCGCUGGCCCUGCACAAGGAUAAGCUCUACAUGUUUGGAGGGAAGAUUGAUUCUACGGGUAACGUCUCCUCUGAGCUGUGGGUGUUCCAUAUCCGAAACCAGUCCUGGGUUCUGUUGCCCGCUGGGGUUAAGGAACCAUACGCAGUGGUUGGCCAUUCAGGUCACACGGUCCACAUGAAGCCAGACGGGUCCGAACCGGUCAUGCUGGUCAUCUUUGGCCACUGCCCUCUCUAUGGGUACAUCAGUAAAGUCCAGCAGUACAACAUCCUGAAGAAUGAGUGGAGUGUGCUGGACCCCCGUGGGGCGCUGGUGCAGGGCGGUUAUGGCCACAGCAGUGCCUAUGACCCUCACACUCGCUCCGUCUUCGUCCACGGCGGCUACAAAGCCUUCAGCGCCAACAAGUACGGCCUGGCUGGGGACCUCUACCGCUACGACGUCGACAAGAACAUGUGGACCAUCCUGAAGGACAGCGGAUCUUUCCGGUACUUGCACACGGCCGUUAUCGCCAGCGGCACCAUGCUGGUGUUCGGCGGGAACACACACAACGACACCAGCAUGAGCCACGGUGCCAGGUGCUUCUCCUCCGACUUCAUGGCCUACGACCUCGCAUGUGAUGAGUGGUCCAUCUUGCCCAAGCCUGAUCUGCACCAUGACGUGAACCGCUUCGGGCACUCUGCUGUCUACAGCAACAGUAUGAUGUAUGUGUUUGGAGGCUUUAACAGCCUCCUGCUGAGUGACGUUCUGCGGUUCUCUCCGGUGAGCUGUGCGGCGUUCCGCGGCAGAGACGAGUGCACGUUCGCCUCCCCGGGGCUGCACUGUGUGUGGAACGCCACCACCAAAGCAUGCCUACCCUGGGAGACGGCCGCGCCAUCCCAGGACGACGACCUGCUUAACACCUGCUUAACACCCAGGACCUAUGCUGAUAACUCCACGUGUAACCAGUACUCUGACUGCUACAGCUGCACAGUGAACACCAACGGCUGCCAGUGGUGCUCAGACCAGUGUGUGUCCUACGGCAGCAACUGCACCUCUGCCGCGGGUGCUGUGGCGGAGUAUGAGGCCUGUCCGAAGGACAACCACUCGUACGUGUGCAAUAAGAAGACCAGCUGCAAGAGCUGUGCCACAGACCAGAACUGCCAAUGGGAACAGAGGAACCAGGAGUGCAUCACCCUGCCUGAGAACGUUUGUGGGGAGGGCUGGCACCUGGUGGGCAACUCCUGCCUGAAGAUGGUCACAGCCAAGGACAACUACGACAACGCCAAACUGCAGUGCCGCACCCAGAACGCCGAGCUGGCCUCUCUCACCGUGCAGAAGAAAGUGCAGUUUGUGCUCAAGGAGAUGCAGGCCCGCUCCCUGCCAAAUAAGGUGGUGUCUCCGUGGGUGGGUCUGAGGAAGAUUAAUGUGUCGUACUGGUGCUGGGAGGACAUGUCCCCCUUCACCAACUCCCUGCUGCAGUGGUUGCCAGGGGAACCCAGCGGCGCCGGUUUCUGUGGUUACCUGGCCGAGCCCACGUCCUAUGGGCUCAGAGCUGCCAACUGCAUCAGCCCCGUCAAUGGCAGUCUGUGUGAGCGCCCAGCGAACCACAGUGCGAAGGCCUGCCGUACCCUGUGUGCGCUGCGCUCAACCUGCAGUGAGUGCACCAACACCAACUCUGAGUGCAUGUGGUGCAGCAGCAUGCGUCAGUGCGUCGACUCCAACGCCUACGUCGCCUCCUUCCCCUACGGACAGUGCAUGGAGUGGUACACCACCAACAGCUGCCAACCGGAGAACUGUUCUGGCUACCGGACGUGCGGUCUGUGUUUGGACCAGCCAGGCUGUGGCUGGUGCACUCACCCCAACAACACGGGGAAGGGCCAGUGCAUCGAGGGCUCGUACCGCGGACCAAUGCAGACUCUCCUGCCCGCCCCCUCCUCAAGCCCCACCCCCUCUGGCCGCACCCUCCCGCUGCCGCCAAUCAUCAACGCCUCUAUGUGCCCCCUGGACAACAGAUACAACUGGUCCUUCAUACAGUGUCCAGCGUGCCAGUGUAACGGCCACAGCCAAUGUGUGAACGAGAGUGUGUGUGAGAGGUGUGAAGACCUCACAUCUGGACGGCACUGUGAAAGCUGUAUCGCCGGGUACUUUGGAGACCCCACAAAUGGUGGAUCCUGCCAACCCUGUAAAUGUAACGGCCACGCCAGCAUGUGCAACGCUGGCAACGGCAAAUGCUUCUGCACCACGAAAGGCAUCAAAGGAGAUCGAUGCAAUCAGUGUGAAGUUGAGAAUCGUUACCAAGGCAACCCACUCAAGGGCACAUGCUACUACACUCUGCUGAUUGAUUACCAGUUCACCUUCAGCCUGUCACAGGAGGAUGACCGCUACUACACCGCCAUCAACUUUGUGGUCACCCCUGACGAGCAAAAUCGGGAUCUGGACAUGUUCAUCAACGCAUCCAAAAACUUUAACCUCAACAUCACCUGGGCCACCAGCUUUGCAGCUGGUACUCAGGCAGGAGAGGAGGUCCCCAUCGUCUCCCGUAGCAACCUGAAGGAGUUCAAGGAGAGCUUCUCCAACGAGAAGUUUGAUUUCCGUAGCAACCCCAACAUCACCUUCUUCGUCUACGUUAGCAAUUUCACCUGGCCUAUAAAGAUACAGAUUGCCUUCUCUCAGCACAAUAACUUCAUGGAUCUGGUGCAGUUCUUCGUCACAUUUUUCAGCUGUUUCCUGUCGUUGCUCCUGGUCGCUGCUGUUGUCUGGAAGAUCAAGCAGAGCUGCUGGGCGUCACGGCGACGAGAGCAACUCCUUCGUGAGAUGCAGCAGAUGGCCAGCCGACCCUUCGCAAGUGUCAGCGUCGCCCUGGAAACAGACGAGGAGCCGCCCGACCUGAUUGGUGGAAAUGUGAGGAGUGUCCCAAAGCCCAUCGCCCUGGAGCCCUGCUAUGGCAACAAGGCAGCCGUGCUGUCAAUCUUCAUCCGGUUACCGCGGGGAUCAGGAGGAGUCCCGCCCCCUGGCCAAUCAGGUUUUGCGGUGGGCAGUGCCCUGGUGGACAUCUCUCAGCAGAUGUGUCUGGGCUACAAGGAGAAGUCGGGCGGCAUGCGCAGCCGCAAGCAGCAGCCUCUAGCGCAGCCCUCCACCUGCAUCUGACCUUUACCUCCCGCCACCCUUUGACCCCAAGCUGAACUCCGACCCCCUGAACACCCUUCCGCGCCCCCGCCCCCUCUCCCCCCUCUCCGCAGGACUGAGCCAUGUGACGUGGGGAGGGGCUGAUGUGUCGGGGCAGGGCAAGACCCAGCGAGCAGCAUGGGGGGCCAGUGGCUUCAUAGCUUGCUCUAAGCGUUAUGGACACUUGGGCACAACAAAUAGACAGAAUGCCACACUGACAGAGGACUGGAUAGACUGAUGGACGGAUGGACGGAUUUGUAGAAAGAUGUCCUCUCUGACUGGUAGUUUACGUAAUCCCCCAAGAACUUUUUACACAGGAUUUCUCCUCCCUGGACUACCACCAACAUCAUUCUUAAUUUAUUGAAAAUAAUUGCUGUUUUAAUUGUUGUGUUUAUUUUUAUUUUUUUUUAUUUUUUUUUUUUUGCUUUUUGUUUUUCUUGUCACAACAAAUCAGCAACUCAGGCCAGUGUCACUUGCAGUGCAUAUGUUACCAUGGUAACCAGUAGCCACCCUCAUUGGAAUGACCAACACUCAGUUAGCAGUGUGCCACAGUAGCGCUAGCGAUGCUAACAGAUAGCCAGCGUAUAUCUCUGUUUGGCAGCUUAGCUUCGAGAGGCAACAAUUAUAGUGUUCCACCUGGAGUGCACUGCAGUGCUGACGGGUCCUAUAGAGAGUGUUGGCACCCCAUCAACAGGCUGUUAUGCUAGCAUAUGUUAAUUUAGCGUGUGUAAUCUCAGUGGAGUGCAUAUGAGGAUUAGCACUGUUGCAUUAGCAUGGCAGCGCUAGCAGGGCUAAUUGGAAGAGAUGACAGUUCUGCUCAGGAGCCACUUGAAUCAUGGGUCACUCAUCCUUUCACAUCCCUGAUUUAUUGUGUGUGUGUGUGUGUUUGUUUGUGAAUGCAACCGUUAUGUGUGUCUGCCUAUGAAUGUGUGUGCAGUGGUCUUUGGGAAAGCUUGUGUGUGUGUCUGUGUCCGGCAAGAAUACUGACUGUCAGUGUUUGUAAAGCCAUCUGCGAAUCUCGAUACGAAUCUCUCUUGACUACUCUGAAUAGUGGGAAAAGAAAACACAUGCAUUGCCAUGCAAACACUAGCAACUCAAAUGAGAUAUCAGAGAGCAGGUUUUUGCUUUCUGCCACUUUGGUGACAUUUUGCUAAAUUUGCCCUUGAAAGAGAUUUUUUCAUGUCAUCCACCACACAAGAUAGCAUUUGUGUAUGGGUUUGUUUGUGUGUCUCUGUGAGAGAAAGUAAGGGAGGGAGACAGAGAAACCCUCCCUGUAAUUCUCCCUUUUUUGCCUUAAUCUGUUGUACAUUCAGUCAGGAUCUUUUUUUCUUUCUUAUCUAAAAUCAGUUCCAUUCUUCAGUAGCAUUUUUCGCAUGCUGGAAGACAGAAAAAAGAUGCUGGAGAAGGCGGGCAGAAGAGAGAUAGCGACCAGCUAGCGAGGGGAAAUGAGACCUAGCCACUUAUUUGUGGAAAAGGUUUUCUAAAUGCCAGAAAGUCCUUUUUAGGUCACCAAACUGGAACACAUACACACACACACACAAACACACACAUGCAAAGUUCUACACUUGUUUUCAGCUUCUUUCCGCAUCACAGUAAAGACGUACACACUCCAUACUUUUACAGUUGCUUAUCUGUGCUUAUGUGCGUGUGCAGUCUGCAGUCUGUCUGUUUUACGGUGUAGUUGACAUUUGGCCUCUGAGAAAAUAGUUGUCAUCUUUUUUUUUUAUAUAUAUAUAUAUACAUAUAUAUAUGUAUAUAUAUAUAAGUUCUGCACACUGCUAUGUGUGUGUGUGUGUAAUGGUGCAUGUUGGUGUGUUAGUGUGUCCCUGUGGCCGAGGGGUAGGGGUUUCGAGUGUGGAAAGGUCGCGACGAGAUGUACGAACCGAUCUGACAUUCUGUUAAAAGGACCAAAGAGGGGAGACGGAGGUUGGGCGCCAUCCAGCUGUGUGUGUGUGUGUGUGUGUAUCUUUUUAAGUGUGUGUCUAUGCAUUUGUGCAACUAAGCAUGAAUGUGUGAACCUGUGAGUGCGUUGUAGUAUUCAGAAUAUACACUUCUGCUCAUGAACAAACAGGCAAAGAGUAGGACUUGGUUUCCCAUAGUUCAUAGCAUAGGUGACAUGAUUCAAGUGGCACAGGUGGAGGGUUGUGGCGAACGCUCAGGCCACCACCAGAGACAGGAUAUGAUACCCAAGAAACAGGAAGACAUGAGUCACGUAGGCAGUCAUCUCUCCACAGGGAGUGUUCUCAUGUUGCCAUGGUAAUAGGAGGUUUUGUUUUGUCAUAAAGGUCUAAUGGUGUAUAUCCAUACGUACAGUCUGGGUGAGAGAGAGACGUGGUACAUGAGGGGUUUUCCUAAAAUACAAUUCUGGUACAAUUUGCUGUGGUUAAAUUCAGCACCAGACUAGCAUUUCACUAGUGUAACUCCUAAAUACACUCUAAAACACACACACACACACGCACACGCUCAUUUACAUGCAUGCAACCAAGAACUGCUCCACCAAAAGAAAAAAAAAGCAGAGUUCUUGUCAGAUUUCAGGAAACUGCGAUUACCCGCAAUGCUGUUCAUCUUCUCUCCCAAUGCUGUUUGUCUCCUGAAGCCUCAAAGCCCUGCGCCCUCCGCCCUUUGGACAGUCUGUGUAGAUAUUGAAUGGGUAGGAUGUGAAUAUGUAUAAUUUAGCAGCCACGAUGCUGGUAUCUGUAAAUACUGAGACUGUAAUGUGAAUGAGAUCGAAUCAUGCACCAAGGUUGCAAACAAGUCGAGCUCGUAGCAGCUUUUUAUAUGUGCGAGUACAGCAGCAACAGCUAGAUGGAUGAAAUAUUGUGAUGAAUUACUGCAAAGAUAAAAAAAAAAUAUGAACAUAAAACAAACCUGAGGAUUAUAACUGACCUUGUAAUUAUGAAUGUACAUACAGAAUGAUAUAGAACAUUUUUUGUCUAUAAUUAAAUGUUAAAAUGAA